GGAAGUUAUAUCACGAAAAAUGGCAUCUUGUUUUGAGCAGGAGGACUCACUGUUCAAUUUUGUGGUCCGAGAUGGUAACGGUGUCAAAGGUCUGGUGGACUCAGGGCUAUCGAAGGUGCCCGAUCAAUAUAUCCAACCACCAAAUGAGCGAAUUCCUGAAAAGAUCUCCAAUUCACCGAGUAUUAUUGAUCAACAACUCCAUACACCCAUCGAUAUAUCCUUGCUUGAUGGGCCUAGCCACGAUCAAGUGGCCGAGGCCAUAGUUAAGGCCGCGGAGAGCUUUGGGUUUUUCCAAGUGGUGAACCACGGUGUCCCAGUUGAGUUGCUGGAGUCACUUAAGGAAUCGGCCCACCGGUUCUUCGAGCAGCCCCCCGAGAAGAAGGCGGUUUACCGUAAAGAAGUGAGUCCGAGCCCGUUUGUGAAAUAUGGGACGAGCUUUGUGCCUGAUAAAGAGAAGGCCUUGGAGUGGAAGGACUUCGUUAGCAUGACCUACACCACUGAUGGAGAUGCUCUUAACUAUUGGCCUAAUCACUUCAAGGAAGUUGCGCUUGAGUAUUUGAAGACAGCGUCAGAGAUGGUGAAGAAAAUACUGGAGGUGUUAAUUGGGGCUUUCGGAGUAAUAUCAGAUGAGUCAAUAGUAGAUUUGGUUAAUGCACUUACUGGCAGUAAGAUGGUUAACAUCAACUUCUAUCCAACAUGUCCUAAUCCAGACCUCACCAUCGGAGUUGGCCGCCACUCCGAUGUAGGCACCCUCACUGUUUUACUCCAAGACGGCAUCGGUGGUUUGUACGUUAAACUGGAAGAAGAAAGUGGAAAGCAGAAGAAGGGUGGCGCCGAAGAGCCGCAGUGGAUGGAAAUACCACCCAUUACUGGUGCUUUAGUCGUCAAUGUCGGUGAUAUUCUGCAGAUCAUAAGCAAUGGAAGGUACAAGAGUGCAGAGCAUAGAGUACGCACAACAAGUAGACAAUCAAGAGUCUCGAUUCCACUUUUCACCUCCCCACUCCCAACUCAGAAGAUCGGGCCGCUGCCUCAGCUGGUGGAUACCGACGGAAUAGCUCACUAUCGAGAUCUCGUGUGUGGGGAUUAUUUGAACAACUUCUUUGGAAACGUUCAUGAAGGAAAGAAGUCCCUUGAUUUUGCUAAAAUCACUUAUUAAUCCCAGCUGCAUGUGAUCGAUCGAUAUUAUAUUGUCCAAGCUCGAUCUCUUCCUUUGCUUCUACAUACAUAGAUAUGCCUAAAUAACAUUAAACCAGUACUAUACUAUGCACGGUACGUGAUGACUGGGGAAACUUAUCUCCAGUAGAGACUGUUUGUUUCUCUACGGAUAUCUUGUAGUAUUUCUUUCUUUUUGCUUUUUUCAACUUCUUGUUGGAAGUUCCUGCUAGCUGUUGUUUAGCUUCAUGGCAUGUCAUGUUGCUUC